AUGACUUCAAAUUUAGUGAAAGAUUCGUAUAGUAUCCUGAUCCAAAAAAACAUUAUUCAUCAUCAAAAAGAAUGGUUGAAGGCACUAGAGGUUUGUCCAGAAGAAAUUGAUUUCAUAGAAAAAAAUGUGAACGUUCCCUAUUGUAUUGCCGGUGGAUUCAGCUCUUUUCUUUGCGGUUACACCAACACAUUUGACGAUAUUGACGUAUUUGUAUGUACUAAUGCACCCGAUUCUAAAUUAAGAAAAAUUCUAACAACAAAAGGUAUCGAGGAUGACUAUGAUAGAGCGAACUUCUCAAUUUACGACUACACACUUCUUUCUCGGAAAAUUCAAUUCAUUUUUAUUGGAAAACCGUGGGUAACAAAUAAAGUGGCUUAUCUCAAUCAUAUGUGUGCCAUCAUCUUCAGAUUCGACCUAGCCAUUUGCAUGACGGCAAUUUUACCAAAUGGAUGUACGUUGGACUUUUCUCAUCUGAAGUUCAAUGAUGUUGGUAUCAAGCCAGAAAGGGUCGUGAAGUAUUCGAAAAGGCCCAUUAAAAUUACUAAAGUUCAAAGCUUGCAAGAGCAAAUUGUAAUUUUGCAACUAACACAAUUCAUGAGAGAAAAUGGGUUGAGAAAGUUGCAGCAACAGUUUGGAGAGUUUUAUGGUUUUUUAACUCCUACCUUAGCGGCGAAGAUAUGGCGUUACAAAUAUAAUUAUUGCUAA